ACCACCCCACUUUCGAUUCAAGCCUAGAGAUCGUCGCCUGAUAAGCUUAUCGCGUUCCACCUUUGGAGCUAGCCGUUCAGCAGUACUAGUUGAAAUACAUGCAAUGCGAUCUCGGACUGAAGUCCAUCACAGACGCUCGCGUUGCGAGUUCGCGUGGAAAUGGCCAUAAGGUGGUGCUUUCGGUGCUAGGACGUUUGCACUAGCCUUGAUUCCGACAGUGAAGCUUCCAGAUCAGUGAGCUCGCAGCGUUCGCACGGCAAUAGACCUGCAUGGCAUUUUACAAACAGGGAUCGCACCAUAGCGGCUCAUUUCUCACAACAUCUCCUGCAGCGGGAAAUUAACUACACUCGCGAGCCUCUACAAUCGGUCAGCUGUAGCCGCAUUAGUAGGAGCGACAUUGCGUUCGACCUGGCAGCUUGGAGCGACGAAUCAACGUAUACCAAUCGCCACAUUCGCACACAUGGCGACAGCGAGCGGUCGAUCCGUCGCAGGGUACAGCAGCAGCCAGCACCUCAAGGAGCGAGCGACGGGAGCUCGAAGCCCUACCAGAGGUCGAAGCCCUACCAGAGGUCGAAGCCCGACUAGAGGUCGAAGCCCUCGAGAAUACGACGACGACGACGAUGAUGAUCACGAGCACGGCCACGGACACGAAGCACACAGCCCUACUGGCGGUCACAAUCGCAUGGGGUCGUACGACGAGGGGAUGUUCCGCCAGGCUGGCAGUCCACGUGGCUUCGGCAGCGCGCACCACGGAGGAUCGCUGUACCACAGAGUGUUGGUGCGAUUAGGCCUGGCGCGCCUAUCCAUGGACCAGUUCGGGUCGCUGCUCGUGCUGCUGAUGGGGUUUCUGGUCAUUCUCGGGUGGGGAGCGCGUGACGUGUGGGACGAGAUGAAAUCUAGGGCCGCUACGCAAGGCACGUGUCCCGUUCCCCGCGAAUUCCGGCCGUCGGACGCCGACCUCCUGGGCCGGCUGCCGCAGUAUAAGCGGCUGGUGUUGACUCAGCCCAUGGCGGUUAAGUACCUGCAGCUGAUCCACAAGUACCUGGAACCGUGGCGGCCCAUCAAGAAUCUGACAUCCGGAGUGGGAAGGACGGGCCUGGUAACCACAGGGGCGCUCACGCGGAUGGGCAAGACGCCCGCCAUCAUGUCGUGUGCGGGGCACGUGAAGAUCAUCAACGGCAGGGUCUACUUCCGCUACGGCGGAUUCUUCCAUGAGUACUACCGCCUCAACCGCUUCCUGCAGACCGUAAAAAUGAUCCACGACGCGGUGGUGCGGUACCAGCUGGUGGACCUACGCAUAGAGCUGUACGUGAGCACGUGCGACCACCCCAUGGCGUUCUACAGCAGCCAUUUUGAUGACCGCGCCGGCAUCCCCAUGAUGAGCACCGGGUUCACUGCCGACACCAUGGACAUCCCCGUGCCAGACCCGCUGGACCUCACUGAAGACUACACGCCGGACCUGGCCACACAAAUCCCCUGGGAGCGCAAGGAGUCGCGCGCUGUGUUCCGAGGCAAGACCACGUCGUACCAGCUGGUCAACGGCAACUGGGGGGCCAACCCUCGCGUGCGCCUGCACCGCAUCUCCGAUGCCCACCCCGCCCUCAUGGACGCCCACAUCAACAAGUGGUCGCACUCCCGUGGGCCAGCCCAAGCUGAGAUGACGAGCGAGGGGGUGGUGCUGGCACCGAGAAUGAACUUCACACAGUUCAAUGCGUUCAAGUACCAGGUCAUCGUGGACGGGGGCGGGGGCAGCUGCCGCACGUGCGGGGUGCUGCGGUCCAACCAGCUGAGCAUCCGCCAGGAGACGCCCGUCUUCCAGUUCUAUGAGCCGCUGCUGACGGACCGUGUGCACUGGCUCACCACCACCCGCACUUUCUCGGAUCUGCCUGACAAGGUCAGAUGGGCGCAGGAGAACGACGAGGAGGUGCAGCGGCUGGUGCAGGCGGCAAACCAGUUCGCAUCGUACGCGUGCACGUGGACAGGCAGGACACUCUACUGGGGGCUGCUGCUUGUCAAGUACCACCACACACUCGAGAACCCCGAGGCAAUCACCGAGCCGACAAAAGAUCAGAUCUGCGAUAAAAGCCCCAUGCUCGAGUCGCCAGCCAACACAACGGACCCAGCAGCAGUGAAGUGCGCCGACCCAGAGGGCAUGAGGAAGAACCCCGACUGCAUCUACUUCUGCUCCUCAGGGACUAUCAAGGCUGAUCGCUUCGUGUGGCUGAGAGCUGAGGCACUAGCAGACCUCAAGAAAAUAGGCCCCCCUUGAGAGAGAGCACAACUCCAGAGGGGAUUCAGAAAAGCCGCCUUUGCACCUACUUGCAUCCAACUUCAUGGAAAUCGCCUCACGGGGCUCAAGCCGAGGCAGCAGAACAAACAAGAGAAGUACCUACACCGGAAAUGGUAUUGUAGUUGAUUUGGUAGAUAUGCUCAGAAUCUUCUCUGCUCUGUUCUAACUGCAACCACAAGCUGUGCAGCCGGCAUGCCGCCUUCAUUCGUACUCCUGGCAUGCAGCACAGCCACUGCUGACUCCCAUCCCAAGAUCCCAUCAGCAAAUCCUUAGGAAAAGCUCAGCCAGG